GUUAGGAUUGUUGAAAGUUGAGGAACGGAGAAUUAAUAUACAUUGAAGACACAGGCAUGCGACCGUACUAUGAGGAUCCAUGUGGCUGUCCUCCUCGUCAUCACCAUGGUCGUCCAAAUAUCGAAAUUGAUGUUCUUCCCAAUUGGGGUGGCGGUUACUAUCCGCCGGCGGCUCCGGCUCGGACCGAGGUUGUCUACGUAACGCCAGGGGCCUCCUACAUGCCGCCAGCAGUCGGGCCCCAGAUGAUGAUGCCACAGCCAUACGGCGGCAUGACAAUGGGCUCCGCCGGCUACUACCAGCAGCAGCAGGGCUACGAAUAUCAGUAUCAAUAUCAACAGCAGCAGCCAUAUCCACCAUAUCCACAAUAUCAGCAGUGGUAAAAGAGGACUAUGGAUGAUCUGGAACCUAUAUAGCAUGGAAUCUGUGGAAGAUCUGCCUUCUAGGGCGAAAAUAUGUGAAUCAAACUCAAAUUAAAGAAAUCAAUGUCUUCAGCAUACAAUAAAAGUAUUUCCUAUAAAGUGUAAACAAGCAAAA